AUGAGUAGCUUUAUUCUGCUUUGUGGUGCAACGUACGGGUUUUGUAUCCGACAUAAAGAUGCAGACUACAAGGUUGGCCUUCGGCAGCUAGACAUGUCACUACUGUGCCAGCUGUACUCCCUCUAUGAGUCGAUCCAAGAGUACAAAGGUGCCUGCCAGGCUGACUCUAACGCGGACUGCACCUACGCCCUGGAAAAUGGUUUUUUUGAUGAAGAGGAGGAAUACUUCUAGAAGCAAGAAGAUUCUCCUCCAGGCUGA